ACUCACACAACUGUAUAAUUCUAAACCUAGUGUUUGCUUCUCUGCAGAGAUGCAGAGCGAUGGAGGUUGAUUUUAGACCGAUUUUGCUCUCUGCACACAGCCACCCUAUUAUGUGAAGAUGUCAGAAACAGCCACUUGUUGUUACUAAGGAGAUCUGUGAGGCUGACUGGGAUCUAUAGGAUGUGGCCGAAUGGAAAAUCAGGCUUUUUAUUGUAAGGAAAAAGAUGAAAUGAAAGACAUUUCUUGCUAACUGAUUUUCUAAAUGUCUAAAUCCAUAUACAUAGGACCAUGGUGACGGGUUACUGAAAGGAAGAAAGAAUAAUAAUUGAUAUGUUCAAAUUAAUGGUUUGUACUUUUUAUUUCCAUUUAAAAUGAAAAUGGGUUCAACGUCUAUACCAUAUGAUUCCACCAUGUAUAAAAAGUGUGAGACAGGAUGGUGAAACGCACUUGCACAUUCACAACAAAAGGGGAAAACGGAGGAGGUAGGGAGGGUAGUGGAGGGGAGGGGGGGUCGGUGACAAGCUCCAGCGAGGGGAGAUUUCAGUGCAGGUGUCCUUGGGUUUUUUUUUUUCUCUGACAGCUCGGAGACAGGACCCGACCGUAAGUAGCCUAAGUCUGUUGAGGAGGAAUCACAGCUGAUAAAAUAAUAAAUGUUUGAUCAUCUGCCAUGAAAUCCGAAAAGAGCAGCGAAGGAAAGAUACGCUCGUCUGGAUGAGAGACCCCCGCUGGGUGAAGACACGCAGCGUAUGUGUUAGCUGAGCCGUGAAAGCUCGCUGCCAUUGACUGGAGCUGAGGCUGAAAUGGGAGCAAAGCGAUGAAAACCGAGCGCAGGGGAGUGAACAUCCUCAAGCAAAUGAUCACAUCACCGAUCAUUUCGAGGUAUUAGGCAUCGUUUUCAGAUUAAUAAUCCGCGAUAUUUGCCACUGUCUGGACAUUCACAGUCGAUGCCGACGGCUUGUACGGUGGCAUCUAUUGUCGCCAGACAAAUUCCUUUUUUUUUUUUUUUUCCCAUUGUGCAGAUGUGGUCUGCAAGAAAAAUAAGGCCUGUUCGGUGGGUGAAACGUUCAGGGACUAAUCACCGAUCACGAUGAACAGUGAAUCAGUAUUGAUAAUCUCCACCAAUACAGGUUUCUCCUGGAUAGAUCUUCUGUACUGUUUCUUCGUGUUAUGGAUCAUAUGCCAUGUUAGGUGAGGGAUGCAUGUGAAAAUAAUGUGAGAGGCAUGUUGAAUUUUGCACCCGAGAUCCACUGAACAAGGAGCACCAGCUACAACAAGCUUAUUGUUGUGACACCCUGAAAAGCAAACAAAACCCUUAGCUGGUUUUCUCUCCUGUCAUCCUGCUGGUCAGGAUGGGACUAACGUGACUCUGCUGGAUGUGAGGCGCACAUGCCCUCCCUGUCCCUGUUGCUGGACGAACAAUGCAAAGCUCUCGGGCGGCCGGUAUGGACACAAAUUUCACUGAUGUUUCCUGGGGGCAGGGUUUCACUGACUCCAGUCAGGAGCCAGUCUGGUCCUCCACUGCUAACUGCGUGGUGAAGGUGGUGCUCAUAUCUCUCAUUGUGUGUGUGUCCUUGUUUGGGAAUGUGGUGGUUCUGCUGGUAUUCCAGAGGAAGCCUCAGCUGCUUCACGUUGCCAACCGCUUCGUCCUCAACCUGCUCCUCGCAGACCUACUGCAGACCAUAUUAGUCAUGCCCUUUGCCAUUGCAGCCACCGUGCCAGGUGUGUGGCCCCUGGAUGCCCGACUGUGCCAGGCCCUGGUGGUGCUCAUGCACCUUUUUGCAUUUGCCGGGGUUAACACCAUCAUAGUUGUAUCUGUGGAUCGCUACCUUGCCAUCAUCCACCCUCUGUCAUAUCCCACCCGCAUGACCCCUCACCUGGGCACCAACCUGAUCAUCUGCACGUGGGUGCUCAGCUUCCUGCAGAGCACACCUCCCCUGUACGGUUGGGGGGCCAUUGACUUUGACCGCCAUCACAGUGUGUGCUCAGUGGUGUGGUCCUCUAGCUUGUCCUACUCUGCUGUGGUGUCCACCUUUUCUUUCUGGCUGCCUGUGCUCAUCAUGCUGGGAUGUUACUGGAUGGUGUUCAGAGCGGCUCGGAGGCAGAACGCUCUCGUGCAUCCCAUACAGACACAAGCCUACUCCCAGCCCUGUCCACAGGACUUCCAGGGACCCAGCAGUCCGCAGCGGCAGCCCCAGGCCCAGCCAGCCAGUUCACCUGAUGGGCCCUACUCAGCCAGAGGAUACCCUGUUCGAGUGAGGCACAGACGCUUCCACUACCACUGCAAGGCAGCUCGUGUAGUUUUUGUGAUCAUGGCUUCAUAUAUCCUCAGCAUGGGGCCUUACAGCAUACUGAAUACUAUAUCUAUGAGCACCAGAGCAGCCAUACCCCCGUGGUUGUCCUCCCUUGCCCUUGUGCUUUUUUUUUUACAGUGCUGCCUACACCCCUACAUAUAUGGUUACAUGCACCGUAGUGUGAGGAAGGAAUUCCUUGCUUUGCUUUGUGGACUGUUCUGCAAACAGGGCCGUCCAAGCCAGAGCUCAGCUGUAGAGAGCUGCUUCACUACUACAGAGGGACGCUCAGGUGCCCACCCUCACCUGCCCAGCCUGGCUGCUCGAGUCCUCCCUCUGCGGACUUGGGAAGAAUGCACAACAUCCUCCACUCCCACUUUUGAGACGAAGUCAAGGGACAGCCGUAAAGAGACCACGUCUACCAGCAUCAGCUCUGAGAGGGAGCUCACGGUCCACAGCAAACAAAGCACAUAAACUGCCUUGAGGAUCCAUCACAUAGACCACAUUUGCUCUUAUUUGAGGAGAUUGUCAUACAGUGUGUUCACACAUAUGCUAAUAUGCCUUCUUUACAACAGGGUCAUUCAUUCUGAAGUUGCAUUGUAGUGGCACUUAAUCACCAACAUAACAAUCUUUUACAAUUUUUUCAUCAGCCUGAUUAACUCGAAGUCAGAUAUAUCUCUUUGUAAAGAACUUGGUCCGUUUAUUGUUAUAUUAUGAAUUUGUAACAGAAUCGGCUGUGUGAAAGAAAUCUUAGAUAAUGAGUAUCUAUUUUCACUAAGUCAUAUGAAGAAAACAGAAGGUUUUAUAUGUAAACCACAUAAAUCAGACUUUGUGCAGUUGUUCUUAUGUUUUGUCUCUACAAACUGUCAUUACUAUUUUAUAUGAAUGCAAUUAUUGUACAAGCUACUGUUACAUAAAACGGGCAAACAGACUAAAUUUUAGAGUAAAACCAGAAAUUACAUUUAAUUUGUAUUUUGCGUCUUUGCCUGCAAGUCUAUUGUCAAUGCCACUGGGUUUUUUUUAAUCUAGACUUGCUGUGUAGAGAUAGAAAUUGCUAUGUUGGAUCAAAGUGGUUGGUGUCCUGAACACUUUGCUUUAAUUAUGGGCCAUAUAUGUCUCUGAUAAGAUAUUGAGCUGCAGUAUCUGUGCAACUACUCUAUCUCCUUUAAACUUUUUGUGUGUUGUAUUUUCUGUGAUCCUGCUGGAGGGCAGAGGAUGUAGGCUACUGUCCUUGUGUUAGUGCAAGCAAGCUUCGCCUGCAUCUAAUGAACUCAGGGUUUGCUUGUGGAAAAAUACAUAGUGCCCGUCUCUGUUCUUGAAUCUUGUUGAGCAAGUGAACAUAAGUGUGUUUACGUCCUUGUCGCAGUAACUCUUCUUAGUCUUAAAGCGCCUUUUGAGUAAAUGAGUAGAAUAGUGAUUCAUGGUGCCUGUUAGUUACAAAACACACAAGGGUUGGUGACUUCCUUUCCCUGAUGGGAGGGCCACGCAAACAAGGUUGUCUUAGCCUCUUUGUUUCCUUUAACUCUUGUUCAACUUAGGUGAAAUUUAGCAUCUUAAUUCAGUGCCACUGUAUAUUUGGGACUCAGUAUUUGCUGCCCAUGUAAUGUCAGCCUCUCUUUGAGGAAGUGCAGUAUUUUUGUUAAAAAAAAAGUACAGUGUGUACAAAGCAGGGUAUGCUCAAAAGAUAACUCCUUGCACCAGUUAUUUAACAGACUGUAUUAUAUAUAACAUAUUGAUAUAUAACAGAUGUCUCAUAUUCCACUGUACACAUGUAGAUUUGUAAAGAUACCUCCUGAUACAGGAUUUUUAAUGGAAAACCCUGUCUGCUUAAAGCCACGGAGAGGAUGAGUAGUUAUCUAAGUGUUAUUUGGCUGCCAUGACUCAUCUCAUAGAAAUAUAAUUCAUUGAUUUGAUUGGGUAGAUGAUGUGUUGCCAAAGGAUGUUAUAGAUGCAUCACAACAUGUCAUCACAAAUGAUGUGCAUCAUUUAGUCAUCAUUUAGAUUUUUUAUAUCCUUUAGGGAAAGUGAAAAAAAUUGUCAGAAUGACCCAGGGUGUUCCUGUUUUAUUAUUAAGAAGAUGAACAUGAUAUUUAUGUGUGUAUAUAUAUAUAUAUAUAUAUAUAUUAUUAUUAUUAUUAUUAUUAUUAUUAUUAUUAAUACUAUUAUUAGACUGUGAUUGAGAAACAAUUCACAGUGUAUCAGACCUGACUGGAGUAGUAUGGAUUUGAGCCUUUGUUUAUUCAACAGGUCACUGGAGAAAUCCAUAGUACAGUAUUACAACUGACAAUCAAACUUGCAAAAGAAGUUUGCCAAUGUUUCUCUGUAAAGACAAAGGGAUACAGUGUGUCAUACAAUUUAUCAUCAAAAAAGAGAAAAUUACGUUUUCAAGUGCUUUAAAACUACAUAUUUUUGUGAUUUCUAUUGUGCUUUUGUAUUAUUUCUGGUUGCAUUAUUCAACAUCUAAAGUUGUCUGUUGUUUAAUAAAAGUGAAUUAUAUGUA